CGUUAUCAAUCUUUCACUUUCACCUCUGUGAUCAAUCAAAAAUCAAAAUUGACUGUAGAAAAUGUUUUCGAAACGUUCGAAUUGAAACUAAUACUCAUUAAAUGCGAACGAUUUCUCGUAAAUGUAGCCUUUAAAAAUAAUGGAGGAAUCACCAGCCACUCAAACUCAUCUCUCGAACGUUCUCGCAUUCCUGCGCCAAAAGAAUUCCCUGCACGGUUUCAAAACACUAAAGAAUGCGAUCCAGAUUAAGUUGAACCGUAUAAAACCAACGAGUGAAACUGAACAACGUAAGAAACUCAGUUCUAGUUGUCCUCGCUGCUAUACUCAUUGGAAAGAAGGCAAUUUCUCAGUCAGAUUCAAGCCGAAGUAUAAAUCUGGGAAGAAUAUCUCGAAAAGAAUGGUAUUGAAAUGUUCGGUAUGUAAUCAUAAAGAAUACCAGUCUUACCAGCAGCGUAAAGAUGAUUUCAGAAUAAACAAGAGUAAAGUAAAACCCAACACCAGGAAGAGCAUCGUAACAGUCAAAUCUAAAUCUAAAACACAUACCAAAGUGACGUCUAGCAAAAUUCAAUCAAAAACAAAAAAUAAUCCUAAUAAACAAUCGAAAAAGAAUAAAUUAAAACAGAAAGUAAAGAAGAAAGUGAACAGAUAAUCUAUUAUUCGUACGUUGUUCCUUUGGAAACUUGAUAUUCUUCGUUAUUUUUUGUAUACUUUUUUGAUAAAUACACAUAUUUAUUUUCCCAAGUAACGAUCAAAA